CCCCGCGAGCGUGUAGGAGCCGAGCCAGCUCCGGGAGAGCGAACGGCUUGGGCCGGGCCAGGGCCCGAGUCUCCCAGCCCGAGGGGAGAGGAGGCAGGAGGGAGACAGGGGGAGAGACUGGAAGGGCCAGCAGGAACAAUGCGGGCGAGGGAGGAUUUCUGAUUCUCAAAACCCAGUGUGGUCUCCAGAUGGAGCAAGGGGAAGAGCUGUGGGUCCCAAAUCUCCAGGGUGCUGAGGAAAGGAAGAGUCCAAGAGGCUCCUGGGCAGGUGAUGGGAUGGUGAGUGAGAGUGAGGAGGAGAACCCUGAGCAGGAAGGUCCUGAGCAAGUGGAACUGUAUAAGGUGGGACCAGGGAGAUCUGAUGGGGAUGUUUCCCCCGAGCACGACAAAGCCUGCGGGAGUCAGGGCAGGUCAGAGAAGGAGCAGGAAAGCCACCCAGAAGAGAGACAGGAGAAUCCCAGUCACACUCGGGGAUAUUUUGGGAGACACAAUGACUCUACGAUCCACAGGGGACCCUGCCCCGGGGAGAAACCCAACACGUGUGAGGACUGUGGGAAAAGCUUCAGCCUGAGGUCAAAUCUGAUCACCCAUCAAAGACUGCACCUGGGGGAGAGACCCUACCAGUGCCCGGAGUGCGGGCGCUGCUUCAGCCAGAGCUCGCAUCUCAUCACGCACCAGCGUCUGCACACGGGAGAGCGACCCUACCGGUGCCGGGACUGCGGAAAGAGCUUCAAUGUGAACUCAGACCUGAUUAAACACCAGCGAACGCACACAGGCGAGAGGCCCUAUCCCUGCACCGAGUGUGGGCGGCGAUUCAGCAGCAGCUCAAACCUCACGAGGCACCAGCGGCUGCACACGGGCGAGAGACCCUAUCGGUGCGAGGCCUGUGGGGAAAGCUUCCGGGACUGCUCAUCCCUCACGAUCCACCAGAGAGCGCACACGGGAGAGAGGCCCUAUGUCUGCCCCGACUGCGGGAAAGGCUUCACUGACAGCUCCCUCCUCAUCAAGCACCAGAGGACGCACCAGACAGAGAAGUGCUUUAACUGCCCUGAUUGCGGGAAAAGCUUCUCCACCAGCACGUACCUGGCCAGGCACCAGAGAACCCACCUGGCCGAGAAGCCCUAUCAGUGCGACGAGUGCGGCAGGGGAUACAGCCAGUUCGCUCACCUCACCACCCACCAGAGAGUGCACACGGGAGAGAGGCCCUACAUCUGCCCUGACUGCGGGAAAAGCUUCACCACCAGCUCUGCCCUGACCAAGCACAAGAGAAUCCACACAGGAGAGAGGCCCUAUGUCUGCCCUGACUGUGGGAAAAGCUUCACUCAGAGCUCAAACGUUAUCACCCACUGGAGACUCCAGCAUGGGAAAUCCCUGUGAGACCCCUGGCAUGGCCACCAUGGGAACAGCAGCUCUGCCCAUCCCCACCCCCAGCCUCAGAAAUUCCUGUGAGAGCCCAGCAUGGCCACGGGAACAGCAACUCUGCCCAUCCCCCACCCCUAGCCUGGGAAAUCCCUGUGAAACCCCCAGCACUGAUUCCACAGGAACAGCAGCUCUGCCCCUCCCCAAACCCCAGCAUGGCUGCCACAGGAACACAGCUCUGGCCCUCCCCUACAAUGACCACCACGGGAACAGCCGCUGUGCCCCUCCCCCACCAUGACCACCACAGGAAUAGCAGCUCUCCCCUCCCCGCCCCCCCGGGAAAUCCCUGCGAGAGACACACACCUCUCCCCCGGCACAGCUGCCAUGGGAACAGCAGCUCUGCCCAUCUCUACCCCCCAGCCUGGGAAAUCCCUGUGAGACCCCCGGCACAGCUGCCAUGGGAACAGCAGCUCUGCCUGCUGAUUCCCAACCAUGGCACCAGUCUUUUGCCUGCCCUUUCAUGGCAUAGCAAGCGGCAGUGGCCGAUGACCCCUUGGCUUUGUGGGUUUGGCGCUCCUCAGUGCUGUUGAGUCCCUCUGCCCCCUGCUGAUCUGGUGCAAGGGAGAGAGAAGAAACCUUCUACUGGUGCCAGCUCCCUAGAAUGAAGUCUCCCCAUUCCCAUCUCCACUGCGCCUACCCCAGUACUUUAGGGCUGGGGUCAUACAAACCCUCUCCCCUCCGGCACGGUUCUUGGGUUGUUGGUUUCCUGCUGGGUCUGGUCAGUGCCUGUCACAUGUUCAUAAAAGUUUCAUUCCUUAAACUCACGUGUUUUCUUGAAGAGCAGCCAUAGUGCUGGUGUCAGCAGAACCAGCAGACUAGCUGGGGCCUGUGGAGGAUAUGGACAGCAGGUGGGGAUCAGUGGGGGAAGGAAGCAGGGCGCCAUUAGAGCUGAGGUUCUGGUCAAUAAUGAUCAGAGCUCAGAGAAUAAUGCCAACCAAUUUCCACAAAGAUUAUUUGAAUUUGUGCCUGGGUUUUCUUUGGCCCUGUUCAUGCCCCUUUGUGAUCAUUUGCUCUCAAGCAUUGGGCUUUACUAUCACAGGUGUCUGUGGAAAUGAAUUUCCAAGUUGCCCAUGUGAGUAAUCCAUUAAACCAGAUUUUAAAUUCAAAGUAAUCCAGCCAAGAAUAAACAAUACCAUGUGACUUACAUGGCCUAGUACAACUAAGGAACACACUUGACAGUUCAGCAAUGGAGUAUUUGCAAUUAAACCAGAGAGUGAAGCAAUUUGAAAAGAUACUCUUUCAACAACCAGUACAUCUGAGGGAAUCAUGAUCUACAUUGCAGAUGUACAUUGCAGGCAAAUAUGCUCAAUUCCUAGAAGAAAUUCAUCAUUAUGAGCUAAUUGCUCAUCUCUUCAGUAUGAGCUAAUUGUUCAUCUCUAGCAAUGAGAUGCAGAGAUAAUGAAUCCCAAACAACUUAUCCUGUAGUACACAAAAUGCCUGAUCUCGGCUCAUUUCACUUUGAAGCAAGGAAGCGAUGGGGUUUCAGUGCUAUUGAACAAUUCUCAUUGAUCACAAGGAUUUGAGUCUACUGGGUGAUUGGGCAGCACAGAGGCAGGUGAAGUUCAGAACAGAGAGGAACAAAGUGAAGCACGCUGGAAAGAACACUUUGUGUUAGGUAGACAUGCUGAAACGAACUGUAACCACAAAGGAAGAAGGCCGGGGGGUCAUUCUGGUCAGGUUAGUGUAAACAUCCUCUCAAGGCACAGAGAUGGCUUAACACAACCCAGAGGCUGGGCUGCGUUAAAAAGUGUAAAUGGGGUCUGAAUGAGCUCUCCUGUAACGUCUAGAGCUGAGCUGGGGGCGGGGACGGGGAGGACUUCAGGAGCAGACUGUGUUUGCACUGAUGCCUACUCUGCCUACGUGGGCAGGAGAUAGAGCUGCUUUGCCAAAGUGAUCAGUUCUGGAUGGUUUUGAGUUACAAAUCACUCUAGUAUUUGAAAGCAGGGGCAAUGAAAUGUUGUUAUCCUGAUUGGACAAGUAAAGGGCAGCAGAACUGUGCUUUGCCUGACCUGAUUGAAGGGCUCACCCUAUAUUGAACCUCACUUGCUAAGCAGGGGCUAGAGAUGUCAAAUCCCUAUAAAGGGAAAGGGAGGGGCAGGGUUUGUAUGUGAUGUAGACUCUGUUUAAAGAGUUCUAGGCACCAUUUGAUCUUUCCUCCUCCAGGAUUUAAAAACAGAGCUGAUUAGACUCAAUUGAGAGUCAUUAUUUCUGCUCAGCAAUUACCACAGCUGAAUCCCUGAUAGCCAGUCUAUGGGCUAUGCCUUGGACCUGGUGCUGGGAUAGUAGUGAAAUGAAGGACAAUGCAGAAGCUGUACUGGCAGUGAGGUUCCCUCCUACCCACUGAAAUCACCAAAGACCUGGCUUAAGCGGUGGAACCUCAGAACAUGGUGUCACAGAAGUGGUGGUGAACAUCCAACAGCGGCAGCAAGUAGGCAGAGGCAAGCAGCCAAUUGCAGAGGUGCAUAGCAACUGCAGAGACAUAGCUCAAUGCUCCCCCCUAGCCCCCUUUUUGAAUGUACCUCUGAAUUCUGGGUCUUCGCAGACCGAGGACAGCAACUAUGAGUGAGGUGCAGCGGUGGGGGAGGGGAGUGAGAUGUGUUAAAGGGACAUUCAUUCAUUGGACUUUCCCACUGCAAUGUGGGAAAUUGAGGAAAAGGACACUGCGGUCACAUGCUUGGAAAGUGGUUGUGGUGUUUUCCCAACUUACCACUUGGUUCCUUUUCCCUUCUAAUAAAAGUUCUCUUUUGUUA